AUGUUUGAUAAAUCACAUUUUAAAACUCGAUCAUUUGAUAUUUUACCUAUUGUUCGAAAUUUUUUCAAACAACCAACAGGCGAACGUAAUAUAACCAAUAUUGAUAAGAUUCGAAGAUGUUUAGCUGAUAUCAAACCAUUUUCACGGUUAGCAAUUCCAUUACAAAAUCACAUAUUACAAGAAGCAUGGUAUGAAUGCUAUACCGAAGGACGUACUAUUAUUCGACAAGGUGAUUGUGCUGCUUGUUUCUAUAUUAUUUUAUCGGGUUCAGCAUGUGUAAUAUAUAAAAGAAUAACAGACGAUCAUAUACAAAUAAUAGAUAUCCUAAAACGAGGAUGCACAUUCGGCGAAAAAGGAUUAAUGACAAAUUCACGGCAAAUAUUUACGAUAACAUCUAAGACAAAACUUGAAUUGUUGGUCCUUUGGAAAGAUGAUUUCAAAGCAAUUUAUAUGGGGAACGAUCGAUAUUGUAGUGCAGAUGAUUUAAAAUUUCUUAAAACUAAUGUACCAUUUCUUCGUAAUUUUCCAAUCGAUCGUCUCAAUGAAUUUCCACAUGCAAUUCAACACUGUAAUUUUAGACUAUCGGAAGUGAUUACUCGAGAUAGUCGUCGUAUGAAACAUAUAUUUAUUGUGAAAACAGGUUCACUUGAAAUAUGGAAACGUCUUGAUCCUGAUGGUGCUAUAUCGCAAUUAAAUAAACAUGAUUUUGAACAAAUACAAAAUGAAAAAAUGAAUGAUGCAAAUGAAAAUGAUGAUAAUAAUAGUAUGGAAGAAAUAGGAGAUAAUAAUACAUUAUUUUCAGAAGUUCAACUUAGCGGUGAUAUUGAUGCAUCAGGAUUAGAUGAAACAACACUUGAUACAGAUUUACGUAUUAGUCGUUUACGAAAUUCAGCCACUACUGAUCGAAAAAAAUCAUCUAUUUCAUUGACACGAUCAAAUAAUAUUGUUGACAUUGAAAAACAAUUUCCUGGUGUGGCUGAUAAACGAGAUCGAUUACCAUUGAUUGAUUAUGAUCAAUUAGUAAUAAAUAAUCCGAAUAGUCAUCCAAAACUAUCACUGACACUUAAUGAACCACCUAAACGUAGUCAAUCGAUGAUAAAUAAAAAAUCAAAAUUAAUUCUACCAGACAAAAUGAUUUAUGUACAUGUUAAAACAUUAAAUGAAACUCAAUAUUUUGGUGUAGCAGAUAUGCUUUUUCCAAAUCAACCAUGUUUAACAUUAAUUAGUAAUGAAUGUGAAUGUCUUCUUUUACUUAAAUCAUCAUUUGUACGUAUUGCACCAGAUCAAUAUAAACAAAAUAUUCGUCGAGCUGAAAUUCCAUUACCAACAGAUGCAAUUUUUUAUCAAUCAUAUCAUGCUAAUGAAGUAUGGAAACGUUAUUCUAAAAAGAUUUAUAAAAAAACACAUAAGAAAAUACUUGAACAACAACCACGAUCAAAACAAAUAACAGAAAACAAAGGAAUUUAA